AUGUCUGUAGCAACAAAUUUGACAAAUAAUUCCACACAACUUGUGCGUACUAAUUGGCCAGGAAUGAAUUCAACAACAUCAUCAUCAUCAUCUCCAACGUCUACUAAUAAUACAAAUACAUCCGUAUCAAUAACAACACCUAUAGUAUCAUCAUCAUCAUCAACAACAACAACAAUAACAGAUCAAAAUAAUAAUACAAAUUCUAUGGCAACAUCACCAAGACCAUCAAUUAAUAACAAUAAUAAUAAUAAUAAUAAUAAUAAUAAUCGAACAUUUAUUCAUCCAACACAAACAAUGGCAUUGGAACGAACAAUUCAAACAUAUCCAUUAACAAAUUAUACAUUUGGUACAAAAGAUGCAUUAUAUGAACGUGAUAGUUCUGUUCAAGCAAGAUUUCAACGUAUGCGAGAAGAAUUUACAACAAUGGGUAUGAGACGUAGUGUUGAAGCUGUUUUAUUAGUACAUGAACAUAAUUUACCUCAUGUACUACUUCUUCAAUUGGGUACAACAUUUUUUAAAUUACCUGGCGGAGAACUUAAUCCCGGUGAAGAUUCAAUUGAAGGUCUUAAACGUUUAUUAAAUGAAACAUUAGGACGACCAGAUUCUACUCAACAAAAUAAUUGGCUUGUUGAAGACGUUAUUGGUAAUUGGUGGCGUCCGAAUUUCGAAGCACCACGUUAUCCAUAUAUACCUGCUCAUAUAACUAAACCAAAAGAACAUAUUCGAUUAUAUCUUGUUCAACUUGGUGAAUCAUCAAUGUUUGCAGUUCCACGUAAUUAUAAACUAGUUGCUGCACCUCUAUUUGAAUUAUAUGAUAAUGCUUCUGGUUAUGGUCCAAUUAUAUCAAGUUUACCACAGGCACUUAGUCGAUUCAACUUUAUUUAUAAUUAA